AUGCCAAUUUCUGUCAAGACGCUCACAGGCAAGACAAUCUCCUUGGUUGUUCGACCUUCGGAUCUCGUCUCCACGGUCAAGGCGCAGAUCCACAGCAAAGAAGAGAUACCGCCCGAACGGCAGCGUCUCAUAUGCAGCGGCAGGCAACUCGAGAAUAUCAGGUCACUUGCCUCGUAUAACAUCGGCCGAGAUUCCACGUUGCAUCUGCUUCUGGGCGUGGGCAAUAACAAAAUGGAGAUCUAUGUCAAGACACUAACUGGGAAGACAUUGACACUGGAGACGUCGACUCAUGCCACUGUAGAUGAACUUAAGCUUCAGAUUCAAGAAAUCACCGGUGUUCCACCCGACCAGAUGCGGUUGAUUUUCGCUGGACGGCAACUCGAAGAGGGACGGAGCAUGGCGGACCACGGUAUCCAGCAGAAAUCUACGGUUCAUCUUGUUCUGCGGUUGAGAGGAUAG